UCGACACGAAGGAAGCAUUACGCACGGAUCCUUCACGGUGACAUGCCUCUUCUCGCAUUUGCGAUGCAUUCGGGACAACACCGUCACGUGGGGACUUUUGGGGGGGCUUGUAGUGGGGCCUUUGAGUUGCGCUCCGGUGGUCGUGACGAUUUCGUAGUUUGCUCCGGGUUAAGAGAGCAUUGCGCGCACUUCGAUUGCGCACCAAGCGGACCGCGCGCGCACAAACAUGAGGCAUCCAUGCAGAUUUGAAGUAGAAUGGAUCCAAGCGAGGCGAACGUGUCGCUCGAAAAUGUUUCCGAGGAUGUCAACGGCACGGGGGCGCCUCUCGAGUGGCCCCACACGGCGCCGGCAGCCGCUGUCAUCGUCUCGGUGGUCAUCGUGAUCGUCUCUGUGACGAUCGUGGGGAACGUUUUGGUCAUAGUGGCGGUCCUGACGAGCCGGGCUCUCCGUGCACCUCAAAACCUCUUCCUGGUUUCUUUGGCCUCAGCGGACAUUCUGGUAGCCACGUUGGUCAUCCCCUUCUCGCUGGUUAACGAGGUGAUGGGCUACUGGUACUUUGGAAGCACUUGGUGCGCCUUUUACCUGGCGCUGGACGUGUUGCUGUGCACCUCCUCAAUCGUGCACCUCUGCGCCAUCAGUCUGGACCGCUACUGGUCCGUCACCAAAGCUGUGAGCUACAACCUGAAGAGGACGCCGAAGCGCAUCAAGUCCAUGAUCGCGAUGGUGUGGCUGAUUUCGGCGGUCAUCUCCUUCCCUCCUCUCCUCAUGACCAAGCACGACGACGAGCGGGAAUGUCUGAUCAACGACGAGACGUGGUACAUCCUCUCCUCGUGUGUCGUGUCCUUCUUUGCGCCGGGUCUCAUCAUGAUCCUGGUCUACUGCAAGAUCUACAAAGUGGCCAAGCAGCGCUCGUCCACCGUGUUCGUGGCCAAAAACGGCCUGGAAAGGCAGCCCUCUCAGUCGGAGACCUGCUUCGUCGGGAAGGACCGUUUCGAAACGGAGAGCCCCAGCAGCCAGAGUUCGGGCAGCCCCCCGCAGAGACAGGGCGAGCUUGACGACAUCGACUUGGAGGAGAGUUGCUGCCCGCCGGAUGGCAAAGCGCGGAGCAGUAACCCGCCACAGAACUGUCGCGUCUCCUGGGCUUCGUCGCGCACGUCGCAUCUGGAGCCGGAGCACAAACACCCGGCCGGGCGCCAACACGCCGCCGCUGUAAACAAGACCAAAGUGGCCCAGAUGCGGGAGAAGCGCUUCACUUUCGUCCUGGCCGUGGUGAUGGGGGUGUUUGUGCUCUGCUGGUUCCCCUUCUUUUUCACAUACAGCCUCCACGCUAUCUGCAGGGACAGCUGCUAUAUCCCUGGCACACUUUUCAACCUUUUCUUCUGGAUUGGCUACUGCAACAGCUCCGUCAAUCCCAUCAUUUACACAAUUUUCAACAGGGAUUUCAGGAAAGCCUUCAAAAAAAUCAUUUGGCCGACCCCUAAGCGCACAUAAACACGGGAAGGCUUUCUGGGUGCCAAAGCCGCUUUCCCAGCUUUCUUUUGCAAAGAGCGAGGAAGGAAUUGAGGCAGAUUAACAGAACUCAGCCUGGAGCUGAUUAUUUCCCCUUUGCACAAUUCUCAAGUGACUUCUGGAACAAUGGGUGUUGUGUACAGAUCACAAUCUUGUCAAACAUUGAGAAAAUAUGAAUAACCGUUUGGAAUGUGCAUUGUCAGUAUUAAACGUGUACCUCAGAGAUGCUGCUGUUGGUGAUUACGUGUUAAUUUCUGCAUUUAACACAAUCAUCAGACUGACAUUUUGAUAGCAGCAACAAAACCGGAGCAGGAGGGUUAAAGUGCACCGAGUGGAUGCUCGAAAAGGGAGACAUGCACAUUUAAUGUAGAUAAGGGUCGGCACCUUUGUGGCCCUUCAAAUAUGAUACAAGAUGAUGAUUACAAUUAUAUUCUACUGAAUUCAAUAUCAUAACUAACUGAAUUUGAACAUGAAAUGCAGGGCACCAAAUCCAAAUAAACAUUCACUGGGCCAACGUUAGGUAAAAUUGCACACUCGUAACGCUAUAUCAAGUCUUGUUGUCUUGAAAAUAUAACAAUUCUGACUUAAAUGUUUGUUGUUGUUCGUAGUGUUGUACAGCUAAUUAUAUAUGCGAGAGUGGUAAAAGGUCUCAUUUUGAAUUGAUCUCUUUUUGUGCACGUGUGCCUAAUGUAGUGGCCUUUGGCUGUAUCUGACAAAAUCUGCUGGUCUCUGAGAUUUAGUCGCACCACUUCAUUUCCGUAAAACGGCAGCGUUGAGGCAUGUCUGUGCAAACACUUCCGAAUAAGUCUGAACAUCAAGUAAAUACGUCCAUAUUAUGCGUGGAAACAUUCAAACCACGUGACUGGCAUCCUGCUUUUUCUCAAACACUAACAGGCUUAUGUAAACUCAAAUCUGGGUUAUGCUGUCUAGCGAAUGUUGCGUUCAUCGUGCUCUCCCCAAAAAGUUAUUUGUGGAUUCCACACCAGCACUGUAGAAGUACUGUAUCUAUCGAUUAUUAAUUUAUUUUAUUGCCUGUCCUCUUUAGGGUCAGAGGUGAUGUGAAGCCAAUCCCAUUUGGUUUUGGGUGAGAAACUUGUUACGCCCUGCACUGGUCACCUUCCUAUCGCUAUUUACAAACAACCACAUGCAUUCACAUUCAUAUCUAUGGGCAUAUUUUGAAACUGGGGGUCCUCGGUUUAUGAUGGUUUUUCGUUCAUAUGGCAGAGAAAGAAUCCAAACUCUGUUUGUAAGUUGGAAUGCGUCUAUCACUGCAUGCUGUUCCCAGCCACGAAAUGUCAUAAUUACAGUAAAUAUUUGUAUUAAAAACACUUCAAGUCCAGCAAUAUAAAACAAUAAAAUGAAGAAGAGUCAGCAAGGCGGGAAUUGAGUGUCCCCUUUUGUGCCGCGUGACAAAGUAUUCCUACAAUACUGCACUAUUCUAAAAGGCUGUUCUUAACCAGAAAAUGUCACAAUUAUAGUAAAUAUUUGCAUAAAAACACAUGUAAUCAAUAUAAAACAAUAAAAUAAAGAGUCAGCAAGGCGGGAAUUGAGUGUCCCCUUUUGUGCCGCAUGACAAAGUAUUCCUACAUGACUGCAUUAUUCUAAAAAGGCUGUUCAUCAGUAAAUAUUUGCAUAAAAAAACACUUGUAAUCAAUAUAACACAAAAUAAAAACUAGUAACACAGGCAGUAACUGUGUGUACUGUCUUUUGGUGCAUGACCCUGCACUCCAUUUGUAACCUCAAAAUAUCAGAUAGAUUCAUACCAAGAACCGCCCAACCCCCCUUUUACAAUGUAGGAGGAAGCCAGAGAGAACGGUCAAACAUUCAAACCGAGACAUUGUGACUCUGAGGUAGAGACUACCCACUGCACCACAGCGCUAUCCAGGUCGUACAUCAGUUCAAAUAAUAGGGACACUGACCGUGAAAAAAAGUUGCGGGUUAGAGGACACAUAAUAAACACUUACCCACCAAUGGGAGAA